AUGCGAGUGAACAGCUCGUUGCAGAGGAACAACUUAACUUUCAAUUUCGAUUUAAUUCAGGAAAACAUGGAGUCCGUCUGAUGUUUGAAGGCUUAAUUUGUUCAAAACCAAACGCUCCGUAAACAAUUUAAGAGCAGUAAAGGCGAUUUCCGAAAGCAAGAGAACGUUAUACUUUAUAUAACCGGGACACCUCGACUGAACGCUUCGGUUUGCACCUGGCGUCACCAUUACUUCCCUGGCAGACUGGUACAGUCGUUGUUGUCGUAACCAGAUUAACAGCAUGUUGGAAGAAUCGGGGCCAGAGUGGUUGUCUGCGGAGGUGAAAACCGGGACAACCAUCAUUGCCAUAGAGUUUGAUGGAGGGGUCGUGCUGGGGUCUGAUUCCCGAGUGUCUGCAGGGGCAUCAGUGGUGAACAGGGUGAUGAACAAGCUGUGUCCCCUCCAUGAUAAGAUCUACUGUGCUCUGUCAGGCUCUGCUGCUGAUGCUCAGACCAUCGCUGAGAUAGUCAACUACCAGCUCGAUGUCCAUAGUACUGAGAUAGAUGAGGACCCCCAGGUUUGCUCAGCUGCAACUCUAGUGAGGAACAUCUCGUACAAGUACAAGGAGGAGCUGUCUGCACAUCUCAUUGUGGCCGGCUGGGACAGAAGAGAUGGAGGACAGGUGUUUGCAACCCUUAAUGGUCUCCUAACAAGGCAGCCAUUUGCAAUUGGAGGCUCUGGCAGCUCAUAUGUUUAUGGGUUUGUUGAUGCUGAGUAUCGCAGGGGCAUGAGCAAGGAGGAGUGCCAGCAGUUUGUUGUCAACACUCUGUCUUUGGCAAUGAACCGGGAUGGCUCCAGUGGUGGUGUGGCUUAUAUCGUCAUCAUUGAUGAACACAGCACAGAGGAGAAAGUCAUUCUUGGAAAUGACUUGCCCACCUUCUUUGAUCAGUGAUAUAUAUACAGUUUUUUAUCGCUAGUUUGCCAAGCCACUGUCAUGCAUAAUGCAAUUAGAUUUUGUUUUGCUCACAAUAACCACCACACUCACACUUUUUGGCUCAUCUGUCAAAUAAUUCAGCUUGUAAACUAAAAAAAUAUUGGACAAGGGUUAAAAAAAAACUUUUGUCAUAUUUGCUGAAACAAUCACUAUCACUAUUCACAGAGCACUAACUGAGACAAAUAGUCUGUGAAAAAAAAUCACAUUUCUCACUCUAAUGCCCUGUAGCAUUUCUACCACACUAACGAAAACAACCGAUCAGAGCUGAGGAGUCUCUAACUCAGGGGUCAGUCACUCUGCUCAUCAACUGUAGUCAAACUGUCAAACUAUAGGCAAUGCUGAUCAAAUAUAAAUCAAGAUUCCAUUACUGCCUAUUUCUCAGGCAAUGAUGUUUACAGAAACAUCUUUCAAUGUGCUGUUUAGCUGUAAAAUUAGAAAGUUGGCCCAGGUGGUGGGCGGCUCACCACCUAUCACAAACUGUCACAUUUUGCAGCUAAACAGUGCACUAAAAUAUGUUCCGGAAACUCUGAGGUGAGAAUGCAGUAACAAAAUCUCGAUUCCUAUUUAACCAGUGCUGCUUAGUUUGACUGUACAAGAGCAGUGAUUGACAUGACUGACAGCUGCUUGAGAGACUCCUCGGCUCUGAUUGGUUGGUUUUGGUGCAGCAAGUAGAUUCUAGCAAAUGUCAUUAGAAGCAUAGGAAGGAGAGGAGGGGCUUGAUUUUUUUUCUCCACAAAUUAUCUGUUGGUUAUGAUCAGAAAAUUUACCAACUGUAGCUUUAAGAGACUCUGACAUGUAACAAACAAGAAUCUUACAGGCCUUUAUUGAUUUUUCUGCCAAGGAAAAACUACUGAGACAACAUCCCUGCAUGUAAUUCUGACAGCAUACGACAUGGAAAUGGUUACUGUGUCUAUCAAGUGGUGUUUUUCUCUAGCCACCAGGUCAUCAGAGGCCUCUUCCUUUCAUUAAACUUGUUGCAAGGCUCAUCAAACAGUCAAGGAGGCUGCACUACCAAUUAUGUUUUAAUGGGCCUGAGUGGCAGAGUAAAAAAAAAGUUAAUUUGACAAAACCUGCAGCACCUGUGACAUACCUUAGGCCUCACUAUAAAUACUCCCACAGAAAGUUUCUCUAACAUUAGCAGCAGCCCUUGUCUGUGUGAUGUGUUCAGUCUGACAAACAUUUCACCAAAAAGUGAAAGUCAGUUUUUUGCACCACCCAGGAUUAUGUCACCCUUUUCCUUUACUUAGCAGAAGUGUUUUUCAUUCCAUAUGAAGACUAGAUUAAGUUGGUCAUCUGCCUCCAUGAUUUACAGUUGCAGACUGGACACAAUUACUGCUUUUUUAAAUUUACAUUAUUGUAGUGUAUAGUGCCCACAGAUUGUGUGAAAUUUGGAAUAAAAUAAAAACCCUGUGUUGCAAGACA